AUGCGUGUCUCCGCCAUCAUCACUCUGUGCAGUGCCUUCAUCGCUGGUGUGUCCGCCGCACCCGUAGCUGAGAAGCGCGGAAACAUCUAUGGCGCCGUGCUCUACCGGGACCUAAACUUCGGCGGCGAUGCCGAGUACAUGUGGGUCGACGAUGACUCUUGCGUCCAGGUGAGCGAUGGCAUGCAGGAUAAAGCGUCCUCGCUCAAGAUCUACGCCGGACAGACCUGCAAUCUCUAUAACGCCUACAGUUACGGUGAAGGAGAGGGUUGGAUCGUUUUCGAGGGCCCGACGGACUAG